AUGGGAGCACUCAAAUUGCCUCGGAUAAAGCUAGCGCGGUCCAUCGCUCCCCUUCGUCCUGCAAUAGAGCGACCCGCCACCGUGCCGAUCCCAUGUGUGGACAAGUCAAUCUUGGCGCAGUCAAUACAGACCACUUCACCGAAUCCAGCCGCAGCACGACCUAACACACUACCGGCUCAUUUGACCGGAGUUAUCGCGAAACACGUUGCCAGAAGCAACCUUAAUACGAUGGCGCACCAGCUCUUUGAGCCAAUUCCUGUCCGUAUUGAUGAGGAUCAACACUACAUCGGUAACGAAGAUGGCUUGACUAUGAUUCGUCAACUGGGGGACUUAACUAGCCUCAAGAAAGAUAUGCAGCAGCUCAAGAAAGCAGACAAGUCCCUCAAGAACGAACUGCUGCAGCUCGGGGAAGCAGACAAGUCCCUCAAGAACGAACUGCUGCAGCUCGGGGAAGCAGAACAGUCCCUCAAGAACGAACUACUGCAGCUCGGGGAAGCAAACAAGCUCCUCAACAACGAAAUGCUGCAGCUCGGGGAAGCAGACAAGUCCCUCAAGAACGAACUGCUGCAGCUCGGGGAAGCAGAACAGUCCCUCAAGAACGAAAUUCUGCAGCUCAAAAAAGCAACAAAGCUUCAAUCUCAUCAAAAUCUUCUCAUACGUGGUGCUGAGUUAGACCUCUGGGCCGGAAUUACUGAUAGUGACCGAACCAACCGAAACCUUGCCGUCCACGGUGGCAAUAUUGAACUCGAUGUUACCGUCAUCAGGGACCAGGACAUGAUCGAUCCUGCUCACGCAGAAAUUUGGAAGUCCUUCUUCCACAAGCACUACAACCUGGAGUACCUUUAUUCCCAUGAGCAGCUUCAUGACUUUGUCGAUGUCUCCCCUCCAAUCCUUAAGAUUUUCAAUUCACGAGCAGACAUCUCGAUACCAACCCGUGAAUGGCGGAAGGUUGAGGUGUGCGACCGACACAAACUCCUGGAAGCUUGCGAUGAGUUCAUCGAGGCAUUCAAGCAGAAUCCAAAUACUGCAGCUCCAAUCGAACUUCUUUCGCUGGCCACAAGUCGCGGGCGGCCUUUCCAGCGCUAG